GGUACAUUUUUUGACUCCAACUAUCAUAAGAUCGGCCCCCAGCUGUGACUCCUCCUACAGAUUUUGUGUAAAAUUAUGGCUUGCGUAAAGUGGGGACAGGCACACCUUCAUCACCACUCCUACGAGGUCUGGGGAGGAGCUGAAGAGAAACAAUAACUACACAGCCCGGCACUUUGCUAUUUGUAAAGUCCUGUGUGGGCUUAUGGCCCUUCAUUCUUAGAAGAGAGGGCGUGACUAGAAUAGAAUAGCUAGCGAAAUAGAUAAAAACGGAGGGAAAGGAAGAGAGGGAUGGGGAGAGUGAGAGAGGGAAAGUAGGAGAAAGAAACAGAAAGACAGACUGGGAGAAGGUGAAACAGGAAUAGGGAAAGUGUUGGAGGGGAAAGGGAAAAGUGUAUUGGGGGACAGAGUGAGGUAGGAGAGACACAAUGGAACUGCUCUCCUGGCUUGGGUCCCAGCUCCCAUCCCUCUGGAACAGCUUCCCAACACUUGGCCUCUCUUGUGCUGUCUUUAUCCUGCUUUUCGAUCACAUGAAGCGCAGAAAGAGAUGGAACAACUACCCCCCAGGUCCUGUCUCCUUCCCUUUCAUUGGGAACUUGCUGCAGAUCAAUUUCCAAUGUCCUCACCUUGCCUUAACAGAGCCCAGUGAGAAGUUUGGAAAGAUCUUCUCUCUUCAGGUUGGAUGGAAAAAUGUGGUCGUGCUGAAUGGGUUAGAAGCUGUAAAGGAAGCAUUAGUCCAGAGAUCAGAGGACUUUGCUGAUCGACCACCCUUUUCUUUAUUUGACCAUUUGGGCUAUAGAAAAAACUGUGAAGGGAUAAUGAUGGCAAGGUAUGGCCGUGGCUGGAAGGAGCUGAGGAGAUUCACACUCUCCACCUUGAGGAAUUUUGGGCUGGGGAAGAAAUCCCUGGAUCAGCGCGUGACUGAGGAAGCUGGAUAUCUAUGCUCUGCGUUCAGUUCUAAAGAUGGCCAUUCUUUCAAUCCACGCUUCCUCAUAAACAGUGCCGUCGGCAACGUGAUGUGCUCCCUCACUUUUGGCAACCGCUUUGAGUACAACAAUGAGAAAUUCCUGAGGAUGCUACAUCUGAUAGAGAAGGCUUUCAAUAUAGGAGCUGGAAUCAUGUCCCAGAUUCUGAACAUGAUGCCUUGGUUGUUGUAUAUUCCUGGGCCUCAUCAUAACAUCUUCCAACCCUAUGCUGAUAGCUUUGACAUCCUAAGAGAGAUUGUGAAGAAGCACAAGGAGACCCGGGAACCAGGCUUUACCAGAGACUUCAUUGAUGCUUUUCUGGAGGAGAUAGAAAAGGCUAAAAUGGACCCAGAGAGCACUUUCAGUGAGGACAACCUGAUCUUUACUGUUUUUGACCUGUUUGGUGCUGCCACUGAAACAACCACUGUAACCCUGUGCUGGGCACUGCUGUUCAUGCUUCGCUAUCCUGAUGUCCAAAGAAGAGUCCAUGAGGAAAUUGAUAAGGUGAUUGGCAGGGACAGGUCACCCGAGAUAGAGGACCAAGUGAACUUGCCUUACACCAAUGCUGUGAUCUAUGAAACUCAGCGUUAUUGUGAUGUUGUUUUUGCUGGAGUGCCUCGCACGACAUACCGGGACACUGAAGUUCAAGGCUUUUUCAUCCCUAAGGGCACCACCAUCAUCGCGGUUUUGUCCUCAGUGCUGAAGGAUGAAAUGAUUUGGGAGAAGCCCCACCAGUUCUACCCGGAGCACUUCCUGGAUGCAGAUGGGCAGUUUGUGAAGCCAGAGGCCUUCCUGCCUUUCUCUGCAGGUCGCCGCAUUUGUCUGGGGGAGCAGCUGGCCAGGAAGGAGCUCUUUCUCUUCUUCGCAACCCUCCUGCAGCAUUUCACUUUCCAUAUCCCUGAGGAUCAACCCAGGCCACAGGAAGACGGGUGCUACAUCCUCAUACAUUCCCCCAAUUCCUACGAGCUGUGUGCCAUCCCCAGAUAAAGUGUCCCAGGCAUGAGCUGCCAGAUCUGCAUUGAGCUGAGCUAAAGCUUCCCCAGCAGAGCAAUUUAGGAAGCACUUUUUUUUAGAUUGAAAUAACUUUAUCUAAGUGUUUUGAAGUUUGUAAAGAAAUUAUGGCAGAGACUCAAUGACGUGAACUUUGGAUUCAAGAUGCCAACCAGAACAAUCGAUUAUUAAAAUAUUUGCUAUAUUACUUAAGAAACAAGCCCAGCACAGCCAAAGAUAUAGUGAUAACUGGGAAAAUGGAACACACUGGAAAACAUAUUGGAAAAAUCAUGGAACCAACAAUAUGUUGGAAGCCUCAGUUCCUCCCCUUUGCUUUUAUGCUGUAUAGCUUCCUCCCCUUUUCUCAUCCCUUUUUGUGUCUACUUAGGUUAUGAAUGCUCCAGGGCAGAGAGCUCUCUUCUCACAUGUUUGCAAAGCUCCUAGCCCACAUUGGUGGCACAUAAAUAAGAGCAAAUUAUAAUAGUUUUAGAACUGAUGCUAGCAAUCAAAUCAUAUUCCAGGGCAAGGUGUGGAGAUAAACCUCUAUCGUGUCACUAUGCGCUGAUCAUUUUAAGAUGCAACAGCAAAUCUUACAGCACUCCCAGUUAAAAUCCCAAAGUCUAUAAAAUGGGAAACACUAAACAGAGCCAUGCUGCCAAUGUAACUCAACAGCUGUUAUUUAUAACAUACCUGCUGGGAUUGCUGUAGAGUCCAGGGGCAAAUGUAAUCCCGGUUUGUAAGGUUACUGACUUCUCAGAAGUUAAACCACAGUUGAAUUUGGACCUUGAUUUUUUAGGAACCUUUAGCAAGAAUAAAACAAUUUGGUUUUAGGCUGUCCUGCAGAAAUCAGUGGGUCAAAUUCAGCCUUGAGGUAAGCAGGUACAACGCCACUGGUUUAAAUGGCAUUACACCUGCAUAUGCCGUGCCUGAGUUUGGUUCUCUGUGUCUAUUCCUUUACUUGUAUUAAACAAUGAACAUCCAGCAACAAAAACCAUCAAUGCGACGUUCACUAUUGCAGCCCAGGAACAAAAUACCACUAAUCCCACAUAUUGUUGAAUAAAACGUGUGGUAGCCUGACCCCACAUAAACUUACUAAUAUGAAACAUAGAAACCGUGGCCAAUACUUUGCUAUUUGGAUUGCUGAAUCUGAUACGCAGACAGGUGAAUCAUCUAACUUAUUAUUCUUUGUACCAUAUGUAUUUCCUGUGUAAAUCUUAGUCAUUUAAUCCCUGUUUAUUGUAUUAUUCUUUCUACUUGUGUGAUGGUUUUAUUGUAGUUUGCUUAAAGCCAACACUUCCCUUGCACUCUUUCUUUUUUUCUGUCACUCAAAAAUAUAAACUAUAUAUUAAAAAACUAGACAGCACUCCCUGUUGGAUCUGCAUCAUUCAUGAAACACAGAGAAACUGGAACCAAUAUCCCCCUUCCUCCUUCUCAAUUCUUCACUGUAGUCUUGAGGGGGGCUCUUCUGUCCCCUCAGGAAGAGUAGCUAACAUUGGAUACAUUAAUGGCAGCCUACGGCGUUGUCUACAUAUACACUGGUAUAAUGAUACUGGUAUGUGGAGUUGUGCAAAUAACUGAUUUUUUCAGUUCUGUGGCCAAACCAAAA